AUGCGCAGGGCCAAUGCUUUUGCCCCGGGGCCGACCGGCGGUGGCGGCGCGUGGGUGCCGACGGGGGAGUACGGCUACACGGUUGACAUUGGCCGGAUCGCCUCCAAGCUCCGCGUCGGCUGGCUAUCUUGGCUGCCGUCGAGGACCUACUCGCUCGCUCCGGCGGGAGUGCCUCCCUGGCGCCGCGCGGCUUGCGCGUCCCAGGCGCGCGCCGGCGACGCGCUCCUCUUCGCGCACGGCUUUCUCGGCUCGCCGUUCGACAUGGCGCACGCUUGCGAGGCGCUGGCGAGCGACGGGUUCGUCGUCGCGGCGCCGGAGCUGCCCGAGUCGCUCGCCGCGUCGUACGAGGCGCGGGAGGGCGUCACGCGCGAGGCCAUCGUCGCCGCGACGCAGGCGGCUCUAGGCGACGAGCCGCGGCGCUGGGGCAUUUGGGGCCACUCGGCGGGGAGCGGCACGGCGCUCUCGCAGCCGGGCGAGUUCGCACUCGGCCGCGCGUGUCUCGCGUGCCCUCUCGGCCGCGCGCUCGAGGCGCGCGUCAACGAUCCGCUCUUCCUCUGCGCGUCGGAGGGCGACGGCUGCAACCGCUUCUCGGAGACGUCGCCCGCGGACUCGCUCACCCUGGCGGCCGUGAACAAGGCGCCGCCCUUCUCGACCUUUGAGAGCGCCGACCUGGCCUACGCCGGCCCGAGCCUGCCCCGCCGCGGCGUCCUCCUCUUCCGCAAGGGCGACGCCCUGCUGCCCAACCACAUCAGCUUCCUCUGGACGCGCACCAACGAGGCGCUCUUCGACCUGCUCUCCGCCUUCCUGCCGCUCGCAAAGGCGCUCAACCUCUUCCUGCUCGACUUUGACACGGAGAAGGAGGCGCGACUCGCCGCGCCCACCGCCGCGAAGGUCGUGCCGGCCCUGCGCCGCUUCUUGGCAGGAAUGCGGUCGGCGGGUAGGCAAUCGUGCUCUGUACUGCUACGCAUAUGCAAGGAGGCCCAUAUGCAUACGCAUCACAUUACGCCCUCUCGGGAAUACGUAAACUCGGUGCGUGUGCGUCACUUGCCAGUCCAAAUGCGUCGCAUUACGCAGCCCGUCGAACGCCUCCCCCUUCAAAAAUAA